AUGGCUGAUCCCCACGCCCUGUCUAGUCCGCCCUCGCGCGCCGUGUCACGCUCGCACUCCCGCCGCCCCGUGUCACGCCCCCGCACCUCGCGCAACCCCUCCAUCGUCUCCGUGCCCUAUCUCCCCACCGGCCCCGCUGUCCUCAUCAAUCCGGACGGCCAGAUUGGCGAGGAGGCCGCGGAGCUGCUUCAAGAGUUCGUCCAUCCCCACCACCACGCUGCGGAGGACACGCUACUCGCGGAGGGCGGGGAACCGGCGGAAGGCGACGAGGACGAGGACGACGAUGGCGCGUUUGAGGCGGCCAUCCAUGAGUGGAGGCAAAGCCUGCCCUGGUGGAAGCGUCCGUCGCCUUGGUGGUUCAUUUGCGCCGUGCCGUUCUCGUCGAUGUCGAUGGCUAUGACGCUGGCACCGCGUAUCCAGAUCUACACUGAGCUCGCGUGUGAUGCGUACAAGCCGGAGUAUACGAACAAGACCCUCGAGGUGGUCGGGAACGCCGUCAACAUAUUCAACAGGCCAUACGAGUUGUGCGCGGCGGACCCGGACGUGCAGCAAGCAGUGUCCCGGCUCUCGCUCACGAUGCUCACUACCAUGGGCAUCCUCGGCUGUCUCACCACUGGCUUCUGGAGCUCGAUCUCCGAUCGCUAUGGACGUAUGAGGAUCAUGGGCUUCGCCGUCGCCGGAAUGCUCAUCACGGACGUGACCUUCAUCGCGACGGCAAAGUAUUCCAGGCUCCUCCCUGGCGGGAUGUGGUUCUUACUCCUCGGCCCCUUCGUCGACGGCUGCUUGGGUAGUUAUGCUACCGUCAUGGCCGCUGUGCAUGCAUACAUCGCUGACACGGUAGAUCCCGCAGAGCGCGCCCGCUCUUUCUCCCUCCUCAUUGGGCUCGUCUUCACGGGCAUGUCCAUUGGGCCGACCCUCGGCUCGCUCCUCAUCAACCGCACACACAACGUCCUCAUCGUCUUCUACGUCGCGACCGUGGCGCACAUCCUCUUCGCGCUGUCUACCUGGUUCGUCGUCCCCGAGUCGCUCGCGCCCAUCCAGCUUCAACAGGCCCGCCGGCUCCACGAGACUGGUGCCGCGGCAGCAAAGAAGAGGCCGUGGUUCCAGAAAGCGUUUGGGUUCUUGGCCCCGUUGGCGCUACUGUUGCCCGGUGCCGUUGGGGAGGGUAAGCAGACGAACCCGUUGAAGAAGCCGAAGCGCGAUUGGAGCUUGUUCUUGUUGGCGCUUGCAAACGGGUUUGUGCUGCUGCUCAUUGGAGGCAUCACUCCCAAGAUACAGUACAUGUCGCUCAGGUUCGGCUGGGACUCCGAGAAUGUUGGCUAUUGGACCAGCAUCGUCGGCGCGGCACGCGCCUUCCAUCUCACCGUGUUCUUACCUAACUCCACCCAUCCAACUCCCCACCGAGCCCUCCGAGCCUCUCGACCCAUCCGCCCCUCCGCCGCCCGCACCAACGCCACUGCGCCCAAGCGACACCAUGCGCACUCGUCCACAUUCGACCUCGACCUCGCGCGGUGCUCGAUCGCGCUCGAGAUCAUCGCACACGUACUGAUGGCGCUCGCGCACACUGGCGUGCUCUUCACGGCGUGGAGCGUGUUUGGUGCGCUCGGUUCGGGGUUCGGGCCGUCGGUGAGCAGCGUCGCGACGACGCUGUAUAUCAGGAACGGGGGGAAGGAGCUCGGGAAGCUGUUUGGCGCGCUGAGCGUGGUGCAGAUCGUAUGCUCGCAGGUUGUUGGCCCGUUUUUGUAUGGCGUGACGUUCAUGCAUACGGUCAAGACCUUCCCGCAGGCGGUCUUUGCACUCUCGAUCGGCUCGCUCACUCUGGCAUUCAUCUUGCUUGCGUUCAUCCGCUUGCCGAAGGCUGCCGCGGCGGACGUCGAGGUGCCUGCUAGUGCGGGUGGUACCUCUGUGCCCGAGCGUGGCCAUCUGGAGCGUGAGGACACGCUUGUGGAUACGCAGCCGCCUCUCAUUGUGAUUGAGGAGGCGGACGAUGAGGGCAGGGGACGCAACUUUAAGGCGGAUGUGAAGCCCGCCGACGUUGUCCAAGCCUGA